GCUUCCUGUAGGACUCUAGACGUUUUGAAAACAUGAAGAACUGUUCAUUACGGCGUAAUACAGCGGGACAACGUUGCCAUUCAGGCAUCCGUGGACAUAUGCGAAAUAAAUAUAGGACAACAGAAAAAACGAGAAAGGAAACUAUAAUAAAAGGAAGUCAAAAUGUUUAUAUUUCAGUUACCAGAAGACACACUGUACCUCAUCCUUUCCUAUUUGGAUUGCAAAUCUCUUUGCCGGUUUUCUCAAUCUUGCAAGAAAUUUCACCAUAUCACUAACCGUAACGUUGUCUGGAGGAGGAUAGCCAAAAAAUGCAUUAACACUGGAAUCACAAGACAAGCAACGGAUAUGUAUCCACAGCUCUUGCUGAAGGACAGAGUGAAGUUCUCUCAGCACUGGCGCAAGGGCCAGUGUAGAAAGGAGAUCUUGUUGAAGUGGAAGACCAACUUGUUGCCAUGGAUGCAGUUAGACGGAGACGUGCUGUACCUGUCUCAGGCAGCGGACAUCGGGGCGUACCACCUGCAGGGGGGCGGGAGGAGGCCGCGCGGCAAACCCGCCCUCCUGCACACCGGCCACAGCCAGGACGUGUGCAGAUUUGUUUUGACGGACACCCACCUCAUCAGCGCCGGAGGGGAUGGUAAGAUCAUUCUUCAUCACAGAAGGAAUUCUUUCUGGGCGGAGUGUUCUGGCCAUAACCAGGAAGUGAACUGCAUCGACAGUAAAGGCGAGGUCAUCGUUAGCGGGUCCAGAGACCGAACUGCUCGGAUAUGGGCACUGUCAUCAAAUCGACUUGGAGAAUGCUUGCACACGAUUCAGACUUUUGACAGGGUUUGGUCUGUGGCCAUAAGUCCAUCACAAAGCACUUUUGCUACUGGCACUGCCUGCUGUGAGAAUUUUGCACCUCUGCGCAUCUGGGAAAUAGAAAGGGGCCAGAUGGUGUCCUGCAUCGGCUCCGAGUUCCGGCGGGGCGCGGGCGUCCUGGACAUCGCCUUCGAGUCUCCCUUCCAGCUCCUGACCUGCGGCUACGACACCUUCAUCAGAUACUGGGACCUCCGCGUCACCCCCAGGAAGUGUGUCAUGCAGUGGGAGGAGCCUCACGAUAGUGCCCUGUACUGUAUUCAGACCGAUGGAAAUCACAUGAUCGCCAGUGGCUCCUCCUACUACGGCGUCGUGCGUCUGUGGGACAUGCGGAAGACUUCCUGUUUGCAGACGUUCUACCUGUCGUCAGCCACGAGCAGCCCAGUAUAUUGCCUGCGGUUCAGUGCCACGCAUCUCUACAGUGCCCUCGCCACCUCUCUGUGUGCUCUGGACUUCAGAGGCCAGGGGCCCAGGUCUCGCAGAUGAUGAUGUCAGCCCCACUGUCAGCAGAGGACUCAGCAGAUGUACCUUAGCCCCAAGGCUACAGUCAUGUACCUUAGCCCCAAUGUUACAGUCAUGUCCCUUAGCCCCAGGGCUUCAGUCAUGUACCUUAGCCCCAAUGCUACAGUCAUGUACCUUAGCCCCAAGGUUAGAGUCAUGUACCUUAGCCCCAAGGCUACUGUCAUGUACCUUAGCCCCAAGGCUACAGUCAUGUACCUUAGCCCCAAUGCUACAGUCUACAGUCAUGUACCUUAGCCCCAAGGCUACUGUCAUGCAUGUAUCUUAGCCCCAAGGCUACAGUCAUGUACCUUAGCCCCAAGGCUACAGUCAUGUACCUUAGCCCCAAGGCUACAGUCAUGUACCUUAGCCCCAAUGCUACAGUCUACAGUCAUGUACCUUAGCCCCAAGGCUACAGUCAUGUACCUUAGCCCCAAUGCUACAGUCAUGUACCUUAGCCCCAGUGCAACAGUCAUGUACCUUAGCCCCAAGGCUUCAGUCAUGUACCUUAGCCCCAAGGUUACAGUCAUGUACCUUAGCCCCAAGGCUACAGUCAUGUACCUUAGCCCCAAUGCUACAGUCAUGUACCUUAGCCCCAGUGCAACAGUCAUGUCCCUUAGCCCCAAGGCUUCAGUCAUGUACCUUAGCCCCAAGGUUACAGUCAUGUACCUUAGCCCCAAGGCUACAGUCAUGUACCUUAGCGCCAAUGCUACAGUCAUGUACCUUAGCCCCAAGGCUACAGUCAUGUACCUUAGCCCCAAUGCUACAAUCAUGUACCUUAGCCCCAAUGCUACAUUUAUGUACCUUAGCCCCAAUGCUACAUUUAUGUACCUUAGCCCCAAGGCUACAGUCAUGUACCAUAGCUCCAAUGCUACGGUCACGUACCUUAGCCACUAGGCUAGAGUCACAUACCUUAGCCACUAGCCUACAGUCAUAUAGCUUAGCCACUAGGCUACAGGCUGCCCCCAUGUUUGCCACUUUAUCAGGG